UUCCUAGUGGCGAAUAGCGAGCCACCCUGGUUUUUCUGACAGUCUCCUCCGAAACGAAGGAACACGAAAGAAGAAAAAGCUCCCACCUUUGAUCUUCCUCUGCGCGUGGAUCCGUGCGCGACGCUCGAGCUCUCUUCCAGAUCACUCAUGGCGGACAUUGAUCUGAAAACAGCACCAGCUGAUUUUCGAUUUCCUACAACAAACCAGACCAGACAUUGCUUCACUCGCUACAUUGAAUUCCAUAGGUGCAUUGCAGCAAAAGGCGAAGAGUCCGGUGACUGUGAGAAAUUUUCCAAAUACUAUCGUUCCUUGUGCCCUGGGGAAUGGGUUGACAAGUGGAAUGAGCAGAGGGAGAGUGGAACUUUCCCGGGGCCUCUUUAAUUUCAGACUUUGGGCAUUCAGUGUGACCCUUGUUGGUCAUGGACGUGCAGAUUUUUAUGUUUGUUUCUGAAACUUGGCCUUCUUGCAUGUGGAUUUGAUUCUAGAACAAUAAGGCAUCAAAUGGAGCUUUUUGAGUUUGCCCAGGUUACUUCGAUUUCAUCGAACAAUACUCCUUGUCUUUGUUGAAAAUAUUACCUUUUCUGGUCGAGUUUAUCCAUCUUUUAGCAGGUUUGGGUUUUAA